AUAUAUAUCCAUAUAUGUAUGCAUGUACAUAUAUUCAUAUGUAUAUGUGUAUCGAAAUCAGUUAGGCAGACGUAAAAAUAAUGCUUCUGGCCAAACAGAACAGUUUCAAUAUGCUGGACAGCGAUACUGACAUGCAGGCCGACACGCUAUCCAGUUCCAGUCAGGAACUUAAGUCCUACUCAGAUGGCGAAAUAAAUAAGGCGACCAAUCAACUACCACAGCAGCAGCAACAACAGCAGCAGCAACAACAGCAGCAGCAACAGCAGCAGCUGCAACUGCAGCAGCAACAGCAGUUGGUCCAUUUGCCAUUUAAGCAUCCUCUUGAGCAUACCUGGACCUUGUGGUAUUUGGAGAAUGAUCGCAGCAAGAGCUGGGAGGAUAUGCAAAAUGAAAUAACUAGCUUUGAUAUGGUCGAAGAUUUCUGGAGUCUAUACAAUCACAUAAAGCCACCAUCCGAGCUGAAGAUUGGCAGCGAUUACUCGCUUUUUAAAAAGGGCAUACAACCUAUGUGGGAGGAUGAGACGAACAAUGAUGGCGGUCGCUGGGUCAUCAGCAUUGGGCGCUGCAGCAAAUUGGAGCUGGACAAGCUGUGGCUGGACGUGCUGCUAAUUCUGAUUGGUGAGGCUGUUCAGCAUACCGAGGAAAUCUGUGGCGCUGUCAUCAACUUGCGCAGCAAGAGCAACAAAAUCUGUUUUCCCCCCUCCCCCUCCCCUCACCCAUUGCGCACCGUUUUGCCGCUGCAGCGAUUUGGACUGCCAACGGGCACAACGAGGCAGCCGUCAUGGAGAUUGGCUACAAGUUGCGUAAACUACUCGGCCUGCCGCCCCACAAUCUCCAAUACCAGAUGCACAAGGACUCGAUGAGCAAACAAGGAUCGCUGGUGAAAGCCGCUUACAUACUCUGAGCCACGUAUGAUAUUAAGUUUUGCUUUGCCAGCCUGUUGUCGCAAAUUCAUUUCAACUAGUCACUUCUAAACGUCCCCACUUUCCAACUCCAAUCUCUCUCUGUCUCUCUUUUUUUCUCUAUAUAUUAAUGUAUAUAAGGCAGUUGACUGCGCGUGUAUUCCAAAAAUGUAAAAAAAAAAAA